AUGGCGACUACGACGAGCCCUCCUUCUGGCGAGAAUGAGGAUGAUCCCGCACCCAUGAACGACUUCAAAUAUUCGCAUGACGAUCCCCAUGAGACUUCUACCCAUGAGGCUUCCCCCACAGACCCCAAAUCACUACCUGCGCAGAAAAGGCGACGAGUCGGUCGCGCAUGCGACGAAUGUCGCAGAAAAAAGAUCAAGUGCGACGGCAAACAGCCAUGCACUCAUUGCACGGUCUAUAGUUAUGAUUGCUCGUACGACCAACCUUCCAACCGACGUCGAAACCCCGCCCCGCAAUAUGUCGAGGCCCUCGAAAAUCGGCUCCAAAAAGCCGAAGCGCUGCUUCGAUCUAUUCUUCCAAAUGUCGAUCUCGAUGACCCGCAACUAGAUGUCCAUGCGACAGAACAGAAAUUCGCAGCCGCCCAAAAAGCAAAACAAGCGACCGAAGAUGUCAAACCGGCGGUUGUACAAGAUACAGCGCAAGAAGGGGGAGACGAGGGACUACUUGAAACCAUGGUCGAUAAUUCGGGCUGCUUAGAUCGGGAUGACCAGGGUCAUUGGGAUUACCACGGGCACACCUCGGGUGUUCUCUUUGUUCGCCGAUUACGCAAACAGUUGGGCGCUACAGAUAUUACGGGCCCCAUGGCACGAUCGCGCUCCUCGAUAACCGCGCAUAUGCUGGAUAGUCCAAAGUCUAUGUCCGAGUCGCCUCAAGACACAGCAUUACCUCCUACACAUGACCUGCCUCCGCGCGAGGUUGCUCACCGCUUGUGUCAUAAUGCGAUCGACCAUGCCUGCUCCUUGAUGCGAUUUGUCCAUGAGCCCUCCUUCUUUGCAAGUCUGGAUCGCAUCUACGAUACUUCCCCGGAACAAUUCACAAACGAAGAGAAUUCCUUCUUGCCGCUUUUAUAUAUUGUCAUCGCCGUUGGCUGCUUGUUCUCGGACGAUGGAUCAGGACAGGGUACUUUGGAUGUGUCUGGCUACGAAGGUGCAAUAGGCCAAGGGUUCCAAUUCUUUAAGGCCGGUCGGCAGCUGCUGGAGAUUACCGACUGCCGCGACUUGCCUUCUCUCCAAGCAAUCUGUUUUAUGGUUCUCUUCCUCCAAUCCUCUGCAAAGUUGAGCACAUGCUACUCCUAUGUGGGAAUUGCACUUCGUUCAGCACUGCGAUUAGGUCUCCAUCGCUCUGUCGCGGCAGACUUCAACCCCAUUGAACGAGAACUUCGAAAGCGCAUCUUCUGGGUCGUCCGCAAGAUGGACGUCUACGUGAGCACGCUCUUGGGUCUUCCCCAGAUGCUGAGUGACGACGAUAUCGAUCAAGAGUACCCAAUGGAGGUUGAUGGUGAUUUCAUUACUUCGGAGGGAAUCACUAAACCUCCGUCCAACUAUACACCGCUGAUGGCUGGAUGCAAUGCACACACUCGUCUUUCCAACAUCAUUCUGAAGGUGGUGAAAUAUAUUUACCCAGUCAAGAAUGCUCGCUAUCGCUCCAAGUCAGACCAGCGAUACAUGGUUAGCCACUCAAAAAUUAGGGAGAUCGAGCGAGAUCUACAAAAUUGGAUGGAGGAAUUGCCUCCUGCUCUGCGACCAGGCACAGAAGUGUCGCCUCAACUAGAACGUGUCCGGCAAUUGCUGCGUAUAAGCUACGCUCACGUGCAGAUGGUCAUGUACCGCCCGUUCCUCCACUAUGUCUCCGGUGGUUUUCAAGCGCGUGGUGUGGACAAGCGGUCAUAUGCCUGUGCAGCUGCCUGCGUCAGCGUUUCGCGAAACAUUGUUCACAUCACGACCGGAAUGCAAAAGAGAGGACUACUCAAUGGAUCCUUCUGGUUCACCAUGUAUACGACCUAUUUUGCUAUCCUCUCCUUGAUCUUCUUCGUGCUUGAGAACCCGGAUUCGCCAACAGCCAAAGAUGGCGUCCUGAAAGAUGCCAUGGAGGGCAAAAAUACUCUAGCCGGAUUGGCCAAGAAGAGUCUUGCCGCCGACCGGUGCUCUCAGAGCUUAAACUGCCUUUUCAAGACGUUACCCGAGAUGUUGAAAAAUCGCCAGACCUCCAAGACUCCUGUCAACCUCAAGCGGCCCGCGCCAUCUAACACUGUUGAGCCUGAGCUGAAGCCUACCUUCGAGAAGACGCUGCCACAUCGGUCAAAUACUUUCCCUAUACAAAUGAUGCCCCAGUCAGCUGUUACCGAUGAUCAGAACCGCCGACAACGAAGCCUGGACAAUUCCCAGCCUAUCAGUAAUCGCCCUACUGAUAUUAGCCACCAGUCCGCAUGGGUUUCAACCACUCCCGAGCUGCUGACGGAAACCAUGACAACUCCCGAACAUAUUUCCUCGACGCCCUCCAUGCCCAAUCAAGAGCCAUCAAGUCUUGCAUGGGCUCAGCAAUUCACCAAUCCGUCCAAUCUCCCAGAUCUCAUGCCAAUGAUGUUCCCCUCGGACGAUCCAUUCGCAUACCCAACUCAACCCAUGUCCACCUUGGAAGAUGAUCACUUCCGGCACGACCGUGCAGGCAUGCCAUCGCAGUAUCCCUUCGAUUCAGCACCCGGCAUGGGGCCCACCACACCCGGCGAUCCAUCCAGCACAGGGGUCUCCACUCCAACCUAUGAUUUCACAAACAUCCCGAAUUUCCCCAUCGCAAAUGCCCCAGGGAUCAAGUCAUCAGUGCCAAGCCACCUCCGCCCGUCCCACUCGCGAACUUCAUCCCGAAUCCACUCCCCAAUCUCGCAGAGCCAGACCCCGACAGAAUUGAUCAACAGCCCAGACCUGGUCUCAAUCCCGAACCAGAAUUUCGUCUGGCAGGGUUACAAUUUCCAGCCCAAUAACCCAAAUGACAUGGCAGCCGAGUCUGCGCCGCAACAGCAAGAGGUACCUGGACUAAAUGGUGUUCCUGAUUUCGGAAUGGGCAUGGAUGAGAAUAUGGGAAUGAAUACGGAUCUGGGGAUCUCCUUUGAUGAUCUGUUUGGCAACAAUACCGCUUAUCGACCGGGCAACGGGGCGUCUGCUGAUGAUUGGACUCAGUGGAUGAAUGCCAACAGCAUUUGA